AUGGCUUGUGGACUCCACUCAUGCGAGAGCCUUUGUCAUGCUGGCAAUUACUCUAUAAGGCGCCUGAUGAUGUGGGACCCACGGACGCGGAGUUGCACUUGUGGGAGCCAUGUCGCGAUAUCACAAUUAUCUCGUUUGAAACAGCACAUGAGCCAACUGGCUCGCGUUUUUGCCUCUCCUCGUUUCUGUCCUAAUGUAUAUAUACACCCCAGUGACAAUCAGUGUCCCUCCACCGUCCGCACCGCUUCUGUACCGUCAACUCAACCACUCCUCCGGGUCCAGUAG